AAAGGCCAUCCCAUCACCGCGUGGUCCAUGGAGUCCAGGCAUGCUCGGCCCAGAUUAAAGUUUGGCACUGAAUUGAACAGAUCAUUUCAAGUGGCAGUUACCUAGACUAAAUUGAUUGUUUUCCUAGAAGAAGAUCUAUUGACAACGUUGUCAAACUGCGAUGUCCACUGGUGUCACAGUGCAGCUGGAAAUGGCUGGAGGUCAUUCAAGCGUGUCCAUCGAUCUGUACAAUUCAGUGACCACUAUGGAUGAUCUGGUUCAGGAGAGAGUGUCACGCCUCCAGGCCUAUGAACACGACACCACGUUCAUUAUAGCCAACAUCGGGACACUGUACAGUCAAUUGAGCAAGUGGAAAGAGUUAAUGCCUAGAGUUAAACCUUUUUACGCAUUGAAGUGCAACAAUGAUCCCGUAGUGACCAAAGUCCUGGCUGAUAUUGGACUUGGUUUUGAUUGUGCCAGUCAGUCUGAGAUUGAACAAAUUCUUCAACUUGGAGUCCAUCCCUCCAGGAUUGUGUUCGCCAACCCAAACAAACACAUGUCACAUCUACGGUUCGCUGCCCAGAACAACGUCGACCUGAUGACAUUUGAUGACAUCUGCGAGGUCCUGAAAAUCAAACAAUCUUUUCCAAACGCCAGACUUUUGCUGCGUAUUAAAACCAGACGACAUUUCAGGGCGAGACACACAUUUAAUAAAAAGUUUGGCUGUGAUCCCUGUCUCGUCCGAUCUUUGUUGAUACAAUGCAAACAACUGUCUGUGAAUGUCGUGGGAUUUAGUUUUCACAUCGGAAGUCUACCAGAAGAGAACUCGUAUUUCACAACAACCAUUGCUGAUGUUAGUGAUCUCUUUCAAAUCGGAGAAGAACUGGGAUUUAGGAUGACCAUUUUGGACAUUGGUGGAGGAUUUCCAGGCGUGGACACAGAGAAACAAUCCUUUCAAAAAGUGGCGAAGGAGAUAAACGAGGCACUGGAGAGACACUUUCCCACAUCCAGGGGCGUCGACGUGAUAGCAGAGCCAGGGCGUUACUUUGUGACCUCGUGUUACACCUUAGCUGUUCAGGUUAUGUCCAAGAAAGUUGUCGCCGAGAGUUUUGAAGCCAAUGACCAGAACGUCAAGAUGAACGAACAUACCAUUGUGAAUGAACAUAUCAUAGUGAACGAACACAGUCAUCAGAAUGGUCACAUUUAUCAAAACGGAUGUGCCCCUGAUAACAAACUCACGCUUGAUAGUCAGAGUGAGCACACAAAUGGCGAUAGCCACAUCAUUACCAAUGGGCACACCUCUGCUAACGGACAUAUACAAGUAAAUAGGCACACCUCUGCGAAUGGACAUGCUAUUUUGAGUAAUCUAGAUACAGUGGAAAAGCACAGAUUCCAAAAUGGACUCAGCCAUGAAAACGGCCGCAUAGAAAGACCUGACCACGAGACCGCCUAUGUUUACAUGUAUUUUAUCAACGACGGUCUCUUUGGGACAUUCAGUAACGUCCGCACUGACCAGCUCGUUGCGAGACCAAGUUUCUUAAAGGAUUGUGACACUAAGGCAAUGCACACGUCCAUCUUAUGGGGGCCCACCUGCGCUGAAUCAGACUGUGUUAUGAAAGAAUGUCUUCUACCUGAGCUCAGAGUUGGUCAGUGGCUGUUCUUCCAAAACAUGGGCGCCUACUCCGUCACUCAGGCGUGUGGCUUCAACGGCAUUGAGCCUCCAUUGAAAUUUUACGUGUGUGAUCAGAAGACAUGGGAUCUUAUAUCACAUGAAAUCGAUCUUGCAGCCUCUCAAGGUUAGCAGCCUUUAAGUCACCGAUAACUCUGAACAAUUGAAGACGACUCAGUAAAACUUAACUGGUUGCCAUGGAAUUGUGAAUUAACAAUUUUCCUUUUCCUUUUUGUGCUUAAAUUUUAACAAAUCUUAGUGUCCUUGUAUUCACUGUUGUUGCGUAUUUUGUUUGUUUGUUUGACAUGUUUCGGAUGUUCCUUCAGAGUUGAAGAUAGUUUACUUCCUAGUCCAAACCUCCCGCAGGACGACGGGGGAUGGGAGCGGGCAGGGUUUGAACCCUCGACCGUCGAUAAAUCCGAACGACAGUCCAGCGCGAAAACCGCACUAUUUCACUAUUUAUGUCAUGAUCGCCAGUAAAGACAAAUGGUAUGUUAAUCGUAUUAUGGUAUAGUAUACAAAGCGAGGCGUGAUAUUCAGCUGCUACCAUUCCACCUGGCCUGACCAUAUUGACCCGAUGUUGAUCGACUCCAACAAACGAAUGUGAGUCUGCGCAGGUCUUUUUAGAACCACAAUAUAAGUGGGGGGAGGGGGGUGUCAUUGUCUUUGUCCAUACUCUUUUCUACCGUAGCCCUAUACAAAUCUCGUAGAUCUCUUUUUUUAGUAAGUUACAAAGGGAGACCACUAAACUGUGCGUUAACAGUUGUUGAGAAAGUUAUCUAUUAGUCCAUUAGGGCUGAUCGAAACUCUUUUCUUAAAAUAAUAAUGUACGUAAAUUUAAUGUGCUGAUAAUUAAAAUGCUGAUAGGUAUCAACUUAUAAAAUGUAUAUUUUCAAAUAAUAUUAGUGCUUUCUUUAUAUAAUAUUCGAUGGCAUUUAACAAAU